UCUGGGCCGGGCGGGACCUCAGUGAGACAAACACGCAGUUUGUGGACGCGCAGCGCGCAGGCCGCAAUCAAGUGCGGCGGUGUCCUGUCCCAGAGAGCGUGCCCCAGGAUGCCGUUUUCACGCCCCGGCGCCACGGUGACCCUCCUCGCCGUGGCGGCCACCGCCGUCGCGCUGGCCACCGUCUCCGAAGCAGCGCCAGCGGCUGUCGGCUCGUUUGAAGGCCUGAUCCGAAACCGCCCACCCCUGUGUAAGGACGCCGCUUUUCUGAGAGCAUUCAAAAGGAACAAUGUGCGGGCUCCCUGCUUUCUGAGCGAGUCCGACGAACUCCCUUUCGUUAUGGUGCCCCUUGAACCUCUGGGAGCCGACCUGGACCGCCUGGACCUGAUGACUUCGGUGGACGACGCGGAGUCCGAGGACGUCCUGACGCCCAGCACGCCCUGGGGUGCGGCGGAGCGCAGCGUGCCCGUGUACCGCGGCAGCAGCGUGGGCUCCAAGGCGUGGUAUCGCGGCGUCGCCGCCCGGGACGAGGAUGCCGACGACAACCCGUUGUCCUUCUCACUCUUCCACGAAGAGCAGGAGCCCGUCGUCGUCCCCGCCGAGGAGUACUUCCCGCGAAGCGUCGACCUGGGCGUCGCCAAGGACCGCGCCGAGGACUUCAUCAAGGUGUCGUUCCUUGAUGACCUCGCUGCCGAGGAGCCAGUCGAGGACGUCGCCAAGGACCUUUCCAGGGACGUGGCCAACGAGCUCCCCGCUGAAGAAACCACCGAGAACCUCGUCGAGAAGUCAUCCGAGCUCGUCCGCGGCGUCCCCGACAAAACCUUUCCUUUUGCCGCGGAACAGAUCGAAAAUUUCGCCCCGCCCGCUGCGUACCUCAGCUUCAGAGAGAUCGUCAAAGUACUAGGAGACGUGAAAUCGCCCCUUCGCGGUGUUGCCCGUCUGGACCACCGCGAGGAGGAGGUCCCCGACGGCAGCCCCACCAGGAUGUCCUGGCGCGUCCCCGCAGGACAUGACCUUUUCCCCAGGGACGGCGCGAGUGAGGACCCUGCCCAGCGCGCCGCCGGGGACUUCGACGAGGACGCCGUCAAGGACCUCGACGAGGACGCCGCCAAGGACCUCACUGCGGAGAACCUCAUCUGAGCGCAAGCAGCGCGUCAUAGCAAAGUGGCAUCGAUUGCACUGAUCCGACCACAACCUUAGUUUUGCUCUGUUAUCCCUUCGAAAAAUUAAAAAUUCCAGUGCA